UCGAUCCUUGUCAGAUCAGGAGGCACUUACAAGCACUUAUAAUCGCUAAAUAACCCCCCCCCCCCCACACUACAAUCUGCUCAGUGACCGCCUCACCAUCGUUCCCAUCAAAUCGGACCAUGGAACCAGACCUCCCCAACCUGAGGGGACAGGAUCCGAUUCAAGGUGCCCAGAAACGAAACUACACCAAAGAGGAGAAACAGUACAUCAAUGAGUUGCUGGAUGCCUGUUUUCACGACGACAUCUUACCGACAGGUCUCUGCAUUGGCAGACCAGAAAUCGGGGAAGACUUUGCCAGACUGGAUAUGGACGAAGACUUCUCAGAUCAACAAACUGAGUGGUUGAGAAAUCAUGCUGUGACGAUCACUUUCCAUGGGGGGGCAAGAAACUUAUCGAACGAUCUGAAGAAACAGCUCAUCCGUGUGUAUGAAAACUCGUGGUACGAUUCUGGUGACAUCGAUCCGAACACCAAACGGGGUAGAUACCAAAACCAAGGCAAGAACCUGGCCACCUACGUGGCCAGCACACGAGACAUUGCACAAUGGAUGCUACAACAACGAAAUGAUGAGAUUGAUUUGGGAGACAUCACCUGCAGAGUCUCCUUCCAACCUUGGAAARACCUUGCAGAGAUGAAAGCCUAUAAGGAAUCCGGAAAAGAUAGUUUUUUCUGGAUUCGCUGCCCGAAUGUCCCACUGCAAYUGAUGGCUGCGGUAAAGAUUGCAGUGGAAAAGAACUUUGGCCAGGUUUUCAAAGUCCAUCCAUUUAAGGAGUACGAAGACGAACCUGAACUGGGCGCAAUUCGCCUGGAUSUAGAACCCGCGGCAAAGCUGAGAAUCAAGCCCCGUCUAAUUGUUGGCAUCCCAAGGAAAGGUGACUACGACGUGGAAGUCAUCUCUGCUGCAACGCCAUGGAAUGGGAAUGGCAAUCAGGAGUAUUUCCCAACCGGAACUGGAACUGGCACUGGAACUGGAACUGCAACUGGAACUGGCACUGGAACUGGAACUGCAACUGGAACUGGAACUGCAACUGGAACUGGAACUGGAACUGGAACUGGAACUGGAAUUGGAAGUGGACCUGGAACUGGAACUACAACUGGGCCCAUGGGAGAUGUCCAAAGCAUCCUGCCUGCAGCUCCUGGCACCUUCGGUUCAAGGAAUUCCCAGUCCCGGACACUCAUAUCUAACUCCCCAUUCUAUUACCUCUACGUCAAUCCGCCGGUCAGCGGUCCACCGCAAGUCCCAAGUCCAGAAUACAAUGCAGCCUAUGAGGAGGUUAAAGAGUUGGGAUCCCGUGACAGUGCCCGAACACCUCAACAGAAGGCAGUGCUCGAUUUCUUCAUGCCCGCAGGAGUUGAACCUCAUCAUCAACCUGCUCCUCUCCAAGAAGGCCAUUGGCAAGCUAUGGCGAUAUCUCAUCUCUGGUUCGAGAUUGCAGCACAAGUACUGCCGGAGAACACUUCGCUUUGGGAUACGGCACUCGUCUUUGCUAGCAUUGCCGCGACGGCAUACGACAGCCAUCUGAUUGUUCUUCACUAUAAGGCACUAUUUGACUUCUGGCGCCCAGAACAGGCAAUCAGGGUAUUGGCAGGUGCUCAUUUUGGGUUCUCGGGGGACGACGCACGGACUCUGUGUGGAAAGGUCUCAAGAGACGUCCAUGACCGACUUGCUCGUAUUUAUUCAAGGAGAAGACUUGAAGAGAGCGGUCGCACUGAAAGGCGCAUGUCCGAGGACAAGAGCACUAGCAGUUCCACUGGGUCCUAUGGUGUUCAGUCGCCGGGCAGCUUCAGCAGACACUACGACGGUCAGCCUGACAGCUUCACUGGGUACUAUGACUCUCAGCCUGGCAGCUUUGCCAGAUACUAUGGUGGUGGUCAGGGUGGGAGAUAUGGCUAUGGUGGUGGUCAGCCUGGCGACUCCGCCAGAUACUACAGUGGUCAGCGUGGCAGCUUUGCCGGAUCCUAUGGUGGUGGUAAGCCAGACGGCUUCUCCAGGUACUAUGAAGAUCAGCCUGGCAGCUUCACCAGAUUCUAUGGCCAUCAGCCUCACAGCUUAGACGGAUACUAUGCAGGUGUCCCCGGCAGCUCCGCCAGAUACUAUGACCGUCAGCCUGACAGAUUUGCCAGAUACUAUCAUGAUGGUGGUCAGCCUGACAGCUACACCAGAUACUAUGGUGGUCAGCCUGGCAGCUCUGCCGGAUACUACGCACGUGUCCCCGGCAGCUCCGCCAGAUACUAUGACCGUCAGCCUGACAGAUUUGCCAGAUACUAUCAUGAUGGUGGUGAGCCUGACAGCUACACCAGAUACUAUGGCGGUCAGCCUGGCAGCUCUCCCGGCAGCUCUGCCGGAUACUAUGGCGGUCAGCCUGCCACUGCUGCCAGAUACUACUAUGAUGGUCAACCUGGCAGCUUAGACACUGGCAGAGGGUAUGCUGGCCGGCAGGGUGACUUCUUUGCCCGAUACGACGGUGGUCAGAGUGACAGCAUCGUCAGAGACUAUGGUCGUCAGCCUGGUAGCUUUGCCAAUUCCAGAUACGAUGGUGGUGGCGGUCAGCCUGGUAGCUUUGCCAAUUCCAGAUACUAUGGUGGUGGCGGUCAGCCUGGUAGCUUUGCCGGAUACUACGGCGGUCAGCCUGUCAGUGACCGCUUUGCCAGGUACUCUAAUGGUGGUCAGCCUGGCAGCUUCACUACAUACUACGAUCGUCAGCCUGGCAGCUUCGCCAGAUAUAAUGGCGGUCAACCGGGCAGCUUCACCACUGGCAGAUACUACUACAAUGGUCAGCCUGGCAGCUUUGCCAGAUACUAUGGUGCCACUGGUCAGCCUGAUGGCUUCCCAACAUAUUAUCAUGGUGGUCUGCAGCCGGGAUCUUCAGGGAGCAGGAUGAACCAUCGCCAGCCGGAGCAUGAGCCCCUCGAGCAUUUCCAGACGCCGCUUGCAGAUCGCUUGUUGCGGCAUCGGUUCAAUGAGGAAAGGCAGUUGCGGUACGACAUUCAGCAGGUGAACGUGCCAUCGCCCGGGGUUGCUGAUUUGGCGGCGUACUCGUUGCUUUGCGAUCGGUUGACGUAUGCGGGGGUGUACGUGGACGUGACGCAGUUGCCUGGCCGGGAGACGACUCGAGUAUUCAUUGAGUUCCGCACGCUCCAGGUGGCACCCAACUUCGUGCACAGCGUCGCCACCUUUAUCGGAGACCUGACGAUCCUACCGCACCCGAGCCGGGAGCCGGCGCGAAGCUUUGUGCGCAAAUACGCGGUGGAAGCGGCCAGAUCAGUGGCCAGAUUGCAAGGACGGGGGGGGCACCGAUUCACAGUCCACGAAGUGCUGCUGCGCAGGGCAGAGGACGGACCAAUCGCGUUGCUCACGGAGGGCCCUUAUCCCAUGCGCGAGUUCUCGGAGUAUUUGGUGGAGCUAACUGACGUGGAGCCGGUGCCCUUCGCCGACGAAGACCCGUGGGAGUUGCACCGUGCGCUGUGCAAGUCGAUGGCGCUGGGGAUGUUCCGAUUCUUCGGGGAUCACGAAGACCACAGCAUCGGGGAGCACUUCGUUGUCUACUGCGUCAUCACACGGCCCAAGCCAGCGGAGAAAGAAGGGACGGUGGCGCUGUACCCAUUCGCCCAGCUCCAGACGAUCGAUCCGGGAUUGUUGGAGCUCAUACAUCUUGAGCUCCUCUCCAUUGCGCAAGUGAUCGCGAGCAAGGAGGAGGAGAUCCAACCACGAUUGCGGACGGCGACGGCCCCACGGAGAACGUACAACGAGGUCGUCAUCCCGGAUUACAUUGCGCAGCGCGCGGAGAGGUUGGAGGACUUCCCGGAGGAAAAGCCGUUGUGGCCUCCCUCGUCGUAUCCUCGACCGGCGCCACCGAAAGCCCCCAAGAAGACGCCGAAGAGGAAGAGACGCCACCCGUCGCCAGGAGCGCAAGGCAGCAGGAUCGGCGGCGGCGAGGAGGUGAUUCAGCCCGCCCGUACGAGGAAUCCUGACCCCGUGCCUGGGAGUGCGACGACGCUCGUUAAGGAGACCGUUGUGCCAUCGCCGCCCUUUCCGCAUGUGCCCGAUCUCAAUCUUGAUGGAGCUGGGCCAUCAUCAUCAGCAGCAGCCGGAGGAGGAAGCCGAAGGGGAUUUCCGGAUCCCAUAUCCAGACCCCCCGUCCUCGCGGGACCUCUCCAGGUGGACUUCAUGGUGGAGCCUGCCACCAUCAGGCUCGAGGCCAUCGCGGGGGCGUCGCGCCCUGAUCCGGCAUGGGAGCCAUAUCUGACACCCCCUUUUCAAGGGUGUAUUGCGGCGCGAUUGGCUGGGACGCUCAUCUACGAGACCGGGCAACGUCCCAAUGCGAUGUACCACUUCCUCGUCUUCGCGGCGCAGAAACGGGAGCGGCGGCCUUACACCGAGACUCAUGUGGUGAUGACGGGUCCAGGGCCCCGGUCGGUGCGCAAGCGGGUGGUGCGAGCGGUGGCGGAUCUGGCGCCACGUGUCCUGUCUCAUGUGCCGGGGGGGUUCCUCUAUCCCUCGUUCGUCCAACACCACUUCCAGCAGGAAGAUGCGCCGACGACUCCCGCGGCAAUGGCCGCUUUUCUUCCACCUAUUCCGCCCCCUCUCAAUCCCGACAUCGAUCACUUCCUCUGAUCACCCUCGUCUACCUCUCCCCGCUUCUCUCCUUCUCCUUCUCUUCAUCAUCUUCUUCUCCUAUGCCCAAAGUUCGCGCGUCGAGACGCGCUGUGUAAAAAAAAAUAAUAAUAAAAAAAAAUAAAAUAAAUAAAUAAAUAAAUAAAUAAAUAAAUAAAUAAAUUUCGCGAUC